AUCCUUUAUUGAUACUCUUCGGCUCAGGUUCUAUCGGUUCUAUGGAUAGAUAAAUAUCAAUAACGAUUUCAAAAUCAAACUAACUGCGAAACAUUAUGAAACAGAUUUUUUAGUUCGCAUAUAAUCUAGUUGUAACAUCCAUUCAGUAAAUUAUAAAGUGAAAGGAUCAAACGAACAAACCACACGUACAGUGCCAUUCAUUACUUUCAUACAUCGGUGAGUGCUGAGAGCAAAGGACACAUCAUACUUUACAAUUGCAGCGGCAUAUUCCUGCACUAGUGGAUCGGACUGAACCAGCCGGAAGCAACCACAAGCACCGAAGAUGGAUCCGGAGGCAUUCCUGGAUAUCGCCAAUCAGGUGAUAAAGCUGAAAAUGUUUCCCUAUUUCGACAUAGCGCACAGCUUGCUGUGUGCGCUGUCGGUCAAGGAGGACCUGGGAGCGGGAGCGCAAGCAUUUUCCCGUAAGCAUCCGCUCGCGUGCUGGCUGUCGACGAUGCUGGUCGUGUUCGCCGGUGGCAUGGUCGCCAACGGUCUGCUCGGCGAACCGAUUCUGGCCCCGCUGAAGAACACCCCGCAGCUGCUGGUGGCCACGGCUUGCUGGUACAUCGUUUUCUACACUCCAUUCGACGUCGGAUACAAGGUCGCUAAAUUUUUGCCCGUCAAGCUCGUUGCCAGUGCCAUGAAGGAAAUCUAUCGCGCAAAGAAGAUUCACGAUGGAGUGACGCAUGCCGCUAAGCUGUAUCCGAACGCUUUCAUCAUUAUGAUUAUCAUCGGAACGCUCAAGGGCAACGGAGCCGGCUUCACCAAGUUGCUUGAACGGUUGAUUCGUGGUGUCUGGACUCCAACUGCUAUGGAGUUCCUGCAGCCAAGCUUCUAUACCAAGGCCUCACUGAUUGCCUCCAUCAUAUUCGUGCUGGACAAAAAGACCGACCUGAUCUCGGCUCCGCACGCUCUGGUGUACUUCGGCAUCGUCAUCUUCCUGGUAUACUUCAAGCUGUCCUCGAUUCUGCUGGGCAUUCACGAUCCGUUCGUGCCGUUCGAGAACCUGAGCUGUGCGCUCUUCUUCGGCGGCAUCUGGGACAGUUUGGCUAAGAUCCUGGGCCGUGGACAAGCCAAGGAGGAGUCCAAAGAUGCGAAAAAAUCUAACUAAACAUCUCACUAGACCUCCUACCCCGGUGGUAGCAGUCAAUCAAGAUCAAUUUUUGUUUUCGAAGCUACGUUUAAGUUGCGCGACUUUUUUUUUAACUUAUAAUAUUUUGUGUACAGUUCGAUGCACUUUCGACGACGAAACAACGCAACUGAUAGAUUUUAAGAACAAACUAUGACGAAAUGUUAGUCAAAAAUUAACUAUCGAGAUUGAGGCAUUCUAGUCAGACAAUACCAAAACUUAGACUUACGAAAAGACGAGCACCAGCGAAACGAUUUUACUAAGCAGACUUUUGGCUAUCAUCCUUGUCAGUCAGAAGAGACUUGACUUCCAACAACACACAGAACAACGCACAACAAAAGAAUAGCAAAUGAAAAGACAAAAGCACAACCCAAUCGCAGUGGGUGAGAUUCGGUUGUCCUUUAUCUACCGGCAGCAUUCGACGAUUACGUCGAUCAACCGUUACGAGGCCAUUUUAGACCAGUAAUUAGUAUUAAGAGGUGACAGUACGUACGGUUGUGACCCAUAAACAUUUUAAAAAGCUGCUACAAAAAUGAGUGAAUAUACAAA